GACUCACUCGAGAGCUCGAUCAAUCGAUCAUCUAGACUAUCUAUCUAUCUAUUUUCUAGCCUUCAUGCUCAUUCUGAAAGACCGCAAACAAAACUUAAAGCGAAGCAACCCACUGGCAUUUCACCACCAAGCUAACAACCACCAUGACCCCUUCUGGAGCCUUCGUUCCUCUGCAUAAUAACACCAUGACCCAGCCACCCACUGUGACUGCCACUGGAGCUGCUCUUGUUUUGAAUUCUCACAAUUCGAUGAAGACGACGACAAUGAACUUUACAUCAGAGUCCAGCAAGAUGCCAUCAUCCGCUUGUACAUCUACUUCUGCUACUUCUAGUAGUAGUCGACAACGACGCCGCGUUCGAUUCUGUGAACAAGCGAAUCAGCAAAGGUCGAUUGACUGUAGUUUUUCACAAGACGAACACAAAGUGCUGUGGUAUUCGCAACAAGAAUUCCAAGCCAUGAAGUCGAACCGCGUCAAGGCCGUGGCAGUGAAACAACGCAAUACUAACUCGUGUUGUUGUGCCGACGAUCUGCGAGGAUUGGAAAAGUUAUUGCCCAAUGGCCGACAUUUGCUGAAACACCGACGCAAGACGCUUCGUGCCAUUGUGGAAAUGUAUCAUCAAAUAGACAGCAUUCCCUGUCCAUCCGAUCAAGAAAAAGACGAACGGGAUGAAGUCCUUCGCUCCUUUGCCGUCUCCAAGACACGCUACGCCCAACACACGGCCAAGUAUGUGGCGGCGCAAGAUGCCGCGGCGGCACUCUGUGACGACUGCUGUGGCAAGCAGCUCUCUUCAUCAUCAUCAUCAUCCUGUUACAGCAGAACUGCUACCGCCAGGAGACAGCAACCGUUCGGUGCCAGCAAGCCCUUGACAGUCUCAACAGUGAACAGCAACAGAAGAUCACUGGUACAACGUCGUGUGCCAAUGCGAGCCAAAACUGCAUAAAUACACAAUAUAGAGUGCUAAAUAGUUUUCUAGAAUAUACAACAGCUCAGCCCU